CCCAUGGCAUCAAAGUUCAGCUUCAUUUUCACGAAGAAGAGCAACUUCAAGAGUUAUGGGACUUGAUCGAACCAUAAACUACUUAUCAUAUUUUCUUGUCUUGCUAUCUUCCUUUUGUUUAGAGUUGGGCCAUGCGACGGACACCAUCGCAGCACCUAACUUUAUCAAAGAUUCCGAAACCAUAAUCUCUAAUGACGGUGAUUUCAUAUUGGGAUUUUUCAGCCCUGCCAAUUCUACAUAUCGUUAUGUUGGGAUAUGGUAUGCUAAAUUUUCCACAACCCAUGCCAUAUGGGUUGCUAAUAGAAACAAUCCCCUGAAGAGCACCUCCGGGGUUGUUACUAUAUCCGAAGACGGCAAUCUAGUUGUAUUAGAUGGAGAAAAGAAUAUUAUUUGGUCAUCAAAUGUAACGGGUUCGGUUUCUAAUCGAAGCGCUCAACUUCUAGAUUCCGGGAACCUUGUCUUGCAAGAAAACACUAACACAUCAAUCAUGUGGGAAAGUUUCCAACAUCCUUCAGAUUCAUUUCUACCAAAGAUGAAAUUGAGCACUAAUAUGCAGCUCACAUCAUGGAAGAGCUACUCAGAUCCAGGCGUUGGAACCUUUUCUCUCCGUAUUUCGGUUUUUUAUAAUCUUCCAGAAAUAUACAUUUGGAAUGGCAGUAGCCCUUACUGGCGAAGUGGGCCAUGGAAUGGUCAGCUCUUUAUUGGAAUACCAAAAAUGCCUUCCCGAUAUCUUGAUGGUUUUAAUCUUAUAGAUGAAAAACAAGGAUUAUUCUCGUUAAUUUUUGAGUUCUCAAACAAGUCGUGGUUAUUGCAUUACGUCUUGACUACUGAAGGAAACCUAGUGGAAACUUAUUCCUCUAAUGGAAAGGAUUGGAGUAUCGAGUGGUCAUCUUUGACAUCUGAGUGUGAGGUUUAUGGCAAGUGCGGGGCAUUCGGAAGUUGUAACUCGAAGAAUUCACCAAUUUGCAGCUGUUUAAAGGGGUUUGAGCCAAAGAAUAUAGAAGAAUGGACCAGAGAAAAUUGGACUAGUGGGUGUGUGAGGAGGACACCCUUGCAGUGUAUGAGAGCGAACACAACUGGUGAAGAUGGAAAGAAAGAUGGAUUUUUGAAGGUGAGGAUGGUGAAAACGCCAAGUUUGGCAAAUUGGUCAGCUGCUUUUGAGGAUGAAUGUAAAUAUCGGUGCUUGGAGAAUUGUUCUUGUUUAGCUUAUGCAUAUGAUUCUGGCAUUGGGUGUAUGUCAUGGACCAGAGAAUACUUAAUAGACUCGCAACAAGUCUCCAGUACUGGUGGAGUCGAUCUUUAUGUUCGCGUGGCCUCUUCAGAACUUGAUAGAAAGAAAGAAGUGAAAGUAAUCGUCAUAGUCACAGUGGUCAUUGGAAUUGUCUUCGUGGCGGUGUGCACUUUAUUCUUAUGCCGGCGGAGGGCUAAACAUAAAGCGAGGAAAACGAGGAGUGAGGAAAACAACAUGCGAGGCACAUAUCCAACAUUUCAACGACAAGAAAAUCUUGCAGGUAACAUCAACCAAGAUAAACUCCAGGAGCUACCAAUAUUCAGUCUUGAAGAGCUGGCAAGUGCAACGAACAGUUUUGAUCUAUCUAACAAGCUGGGACAAGGUGGAUUUGGUCCCGUAUAUAGGGGAAAACUGUUAGACGGACAAGAAAUUGCAGUAAAAAGACUUGCUAGAACAUCAGGGCAAGGGAUGCAAGAGUUUAUGAAUGAGGUGACUGUGAUUUCUAAACUCCAACACCGGAAUCUCGUUAGACUUCUUGGCGGGUGUGUCGAAGGAGAAGAAAAGCUAUUAGUCUAUGAAUACAUGCCAAACAAGAGUUUAGACGCAUUUCUAUUUGAUCCAAUUAAACGAGAGCUUCUAGACUGGAAAAAACGUUUCAACAUUAUUGAAGGAAUUUGUCGAGGUCUACUCUAUCUUCAUAGGGACUCGAGAUUAAGGAUUAUUCAUAGAGAUCUAAAGGCAAGUAAUAUAUUAUUGGAUGAAGAGCUAAAUCCAAAAAUAUCAGACUUUGGAAUGGCUAGGAUUUUUGGGGGAAAUGAAGAUCAAGCUGAUACUAAAAGAGUUGUUGGGACGUAUGGCUACAUGUCUCCUGAAUAUGCAAUGGAAGGGAGGUUUUCAGAAAAAUCAGAUAUCUUCAGCUUUGGAGUAUUGCUGCUAGAGAUAGUAUGCGGAAGGAAAAACGCUAGCUUUUAUGAUCACGACGAGGAGACCAUGAACCUUUUAGGAUUUGCAUGGAAUAUGUGGAAGACAGACAAUAUGGCAGUCUUAAUAGAUCCCAAAGUACUGAAACCUGACUUCGAAAAGGAGAUCUUGAGAUGCAUACAUGUCGGGCUGUUGUGUGUACAAGAUUUGGCUAAAGAUAGGCCAACCGUAUCAAUUGCUAUUUCCAUGUUAAGAAGUGAGAUUGAUGAUCUGCCUUCUCCAAGACAGCUAGGAUUCACUGCAAACCAGACUGCCCCAGAAACUCAGGCCUCUUACCACAAUCAAAGCAUUCGCUCUAUUAACAAUGUCACUGUUACAAUGGUUCAUGGUAGAUAGAUAAAAUUUGCUUUUAAAAUAUAUAUUGAACUAGUCAAUCACUUUGUUAUAGAACGAGUUGCAGACUUUUGAUAGAAUGCCAAUAUAUUUGCCGAACGUAA